AUGGGGAUUACCAUACGUCAAGCCACGAUUGAGGAUGUUCAGGCUAUGCAAAAUGCUAACUUACACAAUCUCCCCGAAAACUAUCAACUAAAGUACUACAUGUAUCAUAUUCUUAGUUGGCCACAAGCUUCAUUUGUUGCCACAACGAGUACCAUACAUUCUGAAGGACAAGAGGAAAAAGUUGUUGGAUAUGUUCUUGGGAAGAUGGAGGAUGACCCAGAGGCUGAGGACAAAACGCCUCACGGCCAUAUCACUUCAUUAUCAGUUAUGAGAACGUAUCGUCGAAUGGGAAUAGCUGAGAAAUUGAUGCGUCAAUCAUUAUAUGCCAUGUGUCAGCUGUUUGAUGCCAAGUAUGUUUCCUUACAUGUACGGAAAUCCAAUAGAGCCGCAUUGCACUUGUAUAGAGAUUCAUUACAAUUUGAAGUGCAACUGAUUGAAAAGUCAUACUAUCAAGACGGAGAAGAUGCAUACGCCAUGAAAUUGGAGUUAGAGUUGGAAAAACUAUUACCAUCAUUGGCACAAAAUGGAGUCGAAGAUGAUUUAACUAAAGAUUUAUUAGAAGAAAUAGCUGUAUAG